AUGAAAAACUUAUUUCAGUUAUUAUUACAGCGUGCUGAACUUGACAAACAAACAAAUCUUUUUGUGACUGUAGAUACUAAGGACCAAUUCGGUACCAACGGUACAUAUCUGCUAAAGCAAAAUGAUCCAUUUGCCUUAAUUAAGGAAUAUACAACUCCCAACCAAUUGAAUACUGUAUUCACUGACGACUACACCUUGUUGAAAGCGUUGCCUCAUCUAUCUAAUUUUAAGGACACAGCUAUUGUCAUUAAUGUCUGCCUCACUUAUAAAGAUUAUUCUGUGAUUCCUGCCCUGAAAGAUUUGAAUAUUAUUAGUUUUAUCUCAAAUUCAAACACUGCUGCUAUUCAUAAUACUAACUUGGCUAAUACUGUUGCCUCAAAGUGCCAUACUGCGGUAUUACACUUCAUCAACUAUGAGAAUUCCGAUCAAGAUCUAUUAAGUGAAACAGAUAUGUUUAUCCCAAUUGAUACUAUCCAUAAAGAUCAAGCAUCAACUAGUGAUGAAAUCCUAGCCGAUCUUGACUACUUUACAUUAUCAUCUACUGGUUCCAAUUCUCCUUCCGUUCUUAUUGUUAAUUUGUCAUCGUAUGAGAACGAAUUUAAGGAUAAUUUACCAUCUUUGGUCUCUUUAAUCAAUAUUAAUAUCUACCGACCAUGGAAAAUCGAAAAAUUCCUCAACCUCGUUCCUUCCUCUAUCCGAAAGAUUGUCAUUGUCCAAGGUUCUUGUAAGGAAAACAAUAAUUCUCAAAUCUAUUCUAUCGAACCACUGCUUCUCGAUUUUUUUAGUGAUUUCAACAAGUUGGUAGAGAGAAAUAUUGAUCAAGUAAUCCUUACUAGAGUAGGUUUGAUUAGUUCCACAUCUAUUUUAGACUCUUUGGAUAUCAUUAUUGCUAAUGUUAAAAGAGAUUCACCAGUUCACAAUCUAUUUGUUGGUAAAUGUACGAGUGAAAGCGACAACACUUAUUCAGAUUUAAUUCUUUCUUCUAUUGAACAUACACAAACUUUGGAGAAUGCCUACUUUAAAGUUUUACAUCAGUUGUUUGCAUCUAAUUUGAAAAUUUUGAAUGAAUUCAACAGUGACUCGAUUAAUGCCAAUUCUCCAGAAUAUGGAUUUGGAUACCUAUUAAAUUUUCAAGAGAAACGAAAUGAACUAGUCAACCUAAUCAAGAACUCACUUGAUGCAACAUUAUUUGGCGAGAUUCCAACCACUGAAGCAACAGAAUUAGUCGAGCUUUUAUCAAAAUGGGUUGACUUUCAAUCUAACCAUGAUAUAUCCCUUGAACAAGCUAACGAUAUCAGCGCUAAAAUUUUCGGUAUUUUCCAGGAGUAUUCAUAUAACCAAGCAAUUAGGUCCUUCUUAGAUAUUGCACCUACCCUAAACGAUUACUUGUUUAAAUCAAACUGGUUGAUUGGAUCUGAUUCUUGGUCGUAUGAUCUCGGAACUUCAGGUGUUCAUCAAGUAUUGACGUCUAAACAAAAUGUUAACAUGCUGAUUAUCGACUCUGAACCAUUUUCGUCAAGAAAAAAUGUAAUCAAUAAAUAUAAGAAGAACGUAGGUCUAUACGCAUUGAAUUUUCACACUGUGUAUGUUGCUUCAGUUGCUGUUUACUCAUCCUAUACGCAAUUAUUGACUUCUAUUAUAGAGGCUGCAAAAUUCAACGGUCCAUCUAUCAUUAUCGCUUACCUACCAUACUCAUCCAUGACUACCACUCCAAUCGAUAUUCUCAAGGAAUCAAAAAUUGCUGUUGAAUCUGGAUAUUGGCCACUGUAUAGAUAUGACCCUUCUAUCGAGAAUGAAGAGAACUCUUUUAAACUAGAUUCUUCUAAUAUAAGAGCGGAACUCCAAGAGUUCUUGGAUCGUGAAAAUAAACUAACUCUACUAACAAAAAAAUAUCCUUCAAUUGAACCAUGUAUCGAACAAUCUGUUUCUGAUGUUAUAGCUGGAAAGAGAGAACUUAAAAAUGCAGCUGCUCUAGAUGAACUACUUAAUGGCCUGGCUGGCCCACCCCUAAAAAUUUAUUAUGCGUCUGACGGCGGAAAUGCAUCUAAUGUUGCCAACAGGUUAUCUACGAGGGGUGUUGCUAGAGGAUUGAAAGCAUCUGUAUUAUCCAUGGAGGAUAUAAUCAUUGAUGACUUAUCUGGUGAAAACAAUAUCGUUUUAAUUACAUCAACUGCUGGCCAAGGUGAGUUUCCACAAGAUGGGAAAUCAUUCUGGGAACAACUGAAGUCUGUAGGUCAAUUAGAUUUAAGUAAUCUCAAAUUUUCUGUGUUCGGUUUAGGUGACUCUCAAUACUGGCCUCGUAAAGAAGAUAUUCGUUAUUACAACAAACCCUCUAAGGAUUUGUUUUCCAAAUUAGAAUCGCUAGGGGCAACGGUCUUAAUUCCUCUUGGUCUAGGUGAUGAUCAGGAUGAUGAUGGCUAUGAGACCGGUUAUCAGUUAUGGGAAAACCAAUUAUGGAUGGCCUUAGGAGUCGACAAUGUAGCUGUAGAUGAAGAACCGAAAGAAUUAACCGCAGAAGAUGUAAAACUACAAUCUAAUUUCCUUCGUGGUACACUAGCUGCUGAUUUAGUUAAUGAUACUUCAGGUAACAUCACUGGCGAAAACACUCAAAUUGCGAAGUUCCAUGGAUUAUACAUGCAAGACGAUCGUGAUAUAAGAGGUACUCGUAAAGGACAGGGAUUAGAACCAUUAUAUGCUUUUAUGGCUAGAGUAAGAACUCCUCACGGUACUGCUACACCAGAGCAAUGGCUAUUACUGGACAAGUUAUCAAAUGAAACAGGUAAUGGUACUAUUAAGUUAACCAACAGAGCAACUUUCCAGUUACACGGUGUAUUGAAGAAAGAUAUCAAACAUACUAUCAGAGCUAUGAACUCUCUAUUAAUGGAUACAUUGGCUGGAUCUGGUGAUGUCAACAGAGAUGUUAUGAUUUCUGCAGUUCCUGAAAAUGCAAAGAUUCACGACCAGCUUGUCACAAUUGGAAAACAAAUAUCAGAGUACUUUUUACCAAAAACAACUGCAUAUCACGAAAUUUGGCUAGAAGGUAUAGAUGAUCGUGAUGAUAACCAAAAUUGGUCAUCCAUAUUCGAAAAUAGACCAGAUGGCCCAAGAAAACAGAAAUCAAUGGUCAGUGGUCACGCCUUAGUCGAUAUUGAACCAAUAUACAGUCCUGUCUACUUACCAAGAAAGUUUAAGGUUAACAUUGCCGCUCCCCCAUAUAAUGAUGUAGACGUUUGGUCAAGUGAUGUGGGUUUAAUAUCCAUCAUUAAUCCAGAAACAAAAAUUAUUGAAGGAUUUAAUUUUCUAGCUGGUGGUGGUAUGGGUACAACCCACAACAAUAACAAGACAUGGCCAGAUACUGGUAAACUCCUUGGUUUUGUUACUCCUAAUGAUGUGAUCAAAGCUAUUGAAAGUGUAAUCAUAUUUCAAAGAGACCAUGGUAAUCGUACUAAUCGAAAAAAUGCACGUCUAAGAUACACAAUCAAUACUUUUGGGUUUGAUAAUUUCAAAAGCAGUGUCGAAGAAAGAAUGGGUUUCAAAUUCCAGCCUGCUAGAUCCUAUAGGAUUGAUUCUAAUAUUGACAAAUUCGGUUGGGUUAAGGAUGAAACUGGUUUAAAUCAUUUUACAGCGUUUAUCGAGAAUGGUAGAGUUUUAGACACUGUUAAUAUGAAUCAAAAGACUGGGCUUAAAAAAAUUGCUGAGGUUAUGAAAAUAAAUAAUUCUGGUAGCUUUAGGUUGACUGGUAAUCAACACGUUAUUAUCAGUAAUAUCGAGGAUCAACACCUACAAGGAAUUAAAAUACUACUAAAGGAGUUCCAACUGGAUAACAUCCAAUUUUCUGGUCUUAGGUUAUCCUCCUCCUCCUGUGUCGGUCUGCCAACUUGUGGUUUAGCCAUGGCUGAAUCGGAAAGAUUCUUUCCUAUUAUUGUCACGGAAAUCGAAUCUACUUUAGAGGAGUUUGGGUUACGCCAUGAUUCGAUUGUUUUAAGGAUCACUGGUUGUCCAAAUGGUUGUUCCCGCCCAUGGCUAGCAGAAGUAGCUUUAAUAGGUAAAGCACCAAAUAUUUACAACAUAAUGCUUGGUGGUGGUUACUCUGGCAACAGAUUGAAUAAGUUAUACAAAUCUAAUAUCAAAGAUAGCGAUAUCUGUGAGAUCCUAAAACCAUUGUUUAAAAAAUGGGCCCUUGAAAGAGAAGAUGAGGAGCAUUUUGGUGACUUUUUGAUUAGAAAAGAUAUCAUAAAGGAAACUACUGAAGGAAAGUUUAUCCACGAGAACAUUGCUCAAGAAGCCUAUUAA